ACUUCGACCUGGACAACGAAUCAGAUGAGAUAGGAUUCAUGAUUAAGCGGAUCAAAGUACACACGAAGAAGGCGCUGAAGGACACGUCAUACCGCUUCCCUGGUAACUACGGCGUGGAGAAGUUCCUGGAGCUGUUUUCCGAGGAGGACUACGAUGCCUUCUGCCUCGCCUACAUGUUCACCUACAGAGACUUCGAGGGCGGGAUCUUGGGUUUGUGGACGGGAGAUUUGAAGAACGCUGGGGGUGUGUGUACGUCCAACCAAUCAAAUCCCAGCGCUUUAGACGUCCAACCAAUCAACUUCCAGAACCUUAGACGUCCAACCAAUCAAAUCCUCGUAUUUCAGAGCCUCAACACGGGCAUCGUCACGCUCCUGAACUACGGCAAACACGUCCCUCCCGCCGUCAGCCACGUCACCCUGGCCCACGAGAUCGGUCACAACUUCGGCAGUCCCCACGACCCUGAGUCAGACACCCGCUGUACGCCUGGCGGAGAAGAUGGCAACUAUAUCAUGUUCGCCAGAGCUACAUCAGGCGACAAACGCAACAACAACAAGUUCUCCCCGUGUUCCCUGCGUCAGAUCAACAGCGUCCUCAACUCCAAAGCCAGGGACUCAAAGGGUUGCUUCACCGAGCCCCAGAAAGCGAUCUGCGGCAAUGGAGUGGUGGAGGUGGGUGAGGAAUGCGAUUGCGGCUGGGAGGAAGAUUGCGAUGAGGCGUGCUGUUACCCUAUGAAGAACAAUCCCAAGACGAAUCAAAAGCCUUGUACACUGAGACCCAAUAAAGUCUGUUCUCCGUCACAGGGCCCCUGUUGUACCUACGACUGUCGCAUGAAGGAGGGAGACAAGUGUAGGGAUGAUAAUGGCUGCCGGGACUCCUCCUUCUGCAAUGGACGUGUCCCUGAGUGUCCACCCUCUACCAACAAGCCAAAUAAGACGAUCUGCAAUGAGGAAUUCGUCUGUUACAAGGGCGAAUGUAGUGGCUCCAUCUGCCUGGCGUACGGGUUGGAGUCUUGCCAGUGCGAACGAAGCCACGGCGACCCAGUUACUAAAGCGUGUGAGCUGUGUUGCAAAUUACCAGGAGAAAAUCAGCUUUGUUUAUCCUCAUUUGAGUGGAAUGUCCCUCCUUACGACAUCCCGGACAUGUACGCUAAAGCUGGAACUCCCUGCAAUAACUACAAGGGCUACUGUGAUGUAUUUAAGAAGUGUAGAGAGGUUGAUCCAUCGGGUCCUCUGGCUACCCUCCGAGGUCUCCUACUGAGUGACGAAUCCUUAGCCAACCUUCAGAGAUGGAUCAUAGAGCACUGGUAUGCCGUUCUCUUCGUCGUCCUCGCCGUCAUGGUCCUGCUG